GCGGCCGGACAGCAGGUCGCACCCGUGUUCGCCCAGGAUCUCCUGCACCGAUGGAAGUCUGCGGAUCCUUGCGACCUUGUUCCUCUGGAUUCUUACCGAGCCUGACCACCAUGAGAGACAGCUACAAGGGCUUCAGUGCCACGCAGCUUCAGCCACAGCAAGUCAGCUUCGAUCUAACGGGAAGCGGGAAGUCCAAACCCAGGCUGGUCUCUGUUCAGCGGAAAUCCACGGAGCCGUUCGAGACCCAUUGGGGAGGGGAACAGCUCAUUAGGAUGCCGCCUCUCAAACCGAACCCGGUGGCCAUGUGUCAGAUCACCCGGGAAGAUUGGCUGCGCGCCAACAACGUAAACUACCGGCGCUUGGAGAGCAGCAGGCGGCAUGCGGAAAGCUUCUGGCGCGAGACCUCCCGGUUGAUCCAGAGUAAAGAGCAGCUUACGCGGCGAACGCAGUCUGACAGCUCCCGGUGGAUCGGUGAACGGAUAACGGAAAUCUCGUUCUGGCGGAGCGAGCUGGGGUUCGAGCUCGAGCAGCUUCUCCGGGACACGGAGAGGCUACGUCAGGUCAAGUUCCGGUUGGACAGGGCCUUAAAGGAGACCGACGGACCACUGCAGAUGUCCCAGGAGUGCCAGUUCCAGUGUCAGAAACUCAACGACGGAGUCAUCGAUGUAGUGGAGAAAGAACUGGUGCAGGAGGUAACAGUGAUCAGGUCUUCACAGGAACAGUUGGAGAGGACAAGAGACAAAGUCCAGAAACAGCUGGAUGUCUCAGUGCCGGUGUCUUGGGUUCAGUAUUCGGAGGACAACAUCGGGAAGUCGACGUCGGAGAGGCGAGCCACGCGAGAGCUAACGGAGCUGGUGGAGGGAACCCUGGUUGCCGCGGCGAGAGACAUGUGGUCUCAGUACAACCGUGUCAACGCCGCCUUCACACUCCGUGUCAACCAGACCACACACGCUAGGAACACGCUACAGCAGCACCUGGCCAAGACCCUGCAGGAGAUGCAUCAGACGGAGCGUACCAUCUCAGAUUUGGAGGGGUCCAUCUGGGCGAAGAGAACCCCCCUCAGAGUAGCUCAGUCCAGGCUGGAGGAACGCACCCAUAGACCUAAUAUAGAGCUCUGCAGGGACCAACCACACACCAGGUUGCUGUCUGAGGUGUCUGGUCUCCAGGACACUGUUUUAUCUCUGAGACAGAGGUUGUCUGAAGCCCAGGCCACCCUGCAGCAGCUGGCUGGCUGUAAGAGUGUUUUAGAACAGGAGCUUUACACUAAGGCCCACUCCCUGUUUAUCGACCAGGAGAGAUGUCUAGGACUCCGCAAGACAUACCCCUCCACCCCUAGACUGGUGGGAUACACAUAG